AUGAACGGGCCGAGUGUGACCCAGUCGCCCGCAUCGCCGUCUUCUUCCGCGCCGACUCCCGAUCUCCACGCCGAACGGUACAGAUCUAAUCGCCCCUUGCAUGAACCUCCAUUUGAUCCUGGAACUUCAGAUCUGCCUGUUCUAGCUCGUUUCGAGUUUCAGGCGGGCAGGGGCAAUGAUGGCACAAAGAUACUCAUGGUGGAAUGGAAUGCCUCCUCUGGUCCGCAGUCAUUGCUGUCUGCUUCGGGGACCUGGCAAGUUUCGUGGGAAGGCAAAACAAGUCAUGCGCCGGUCGAAGAUGAAGAGACGGGGAAGAAGAAGCGUGUCUAUUUCCUGCUGCCACCCGGGGCAGCCGUCCCCUCCGUCAUUACCAUCGCGCACCCAGAUGGAACUGCUUUCACCACCAAGUCAAUGCCGGCCAUCUUCCCUCCAGGCCUAGGUACUGGAAGCUCAGCGAUUGGUGCAAGAGGCAUAUUGCAUACUAUCUGGGCCAAGAAGAGACUUGCCGAGCUGGAGGACGAAAUCGUUUCUGAAAUGAAGACAAAUUCAGAAGGCAUUGGGCUAGAGAUAGCCUACCAGGAGCGCCAGUGGAUCGUUGAACACUUUGGUGUGAACCUCAAAGUCAAUAUGGGUGUCAGUGGCAGUGCGCCGGCGAUUGCACCUGCACCCCGGGCUCCGUCUAGUUCUAUGUCGCCCAAAUCACCUGUCGGAGGGAAGCUCGGUCAGAAGCUCAAGGGACUAAAGCUGGCAACAUCGGCGGCGGACCUGGUGGUUGGCCGGGCUGGGGAAAACACCUACCUUCAACCCAUAUCCUUCUCGCCCGCUUCGAAUGAUGUAGCAGUUUCCUCCUUUCCGACCUUUGCACCGCAGGGCCAUUCCAAGGUUCGUGGCGAUGCUGCCGCCUCGCUGGAUGCUGUACUGGGUAACAACGAAGCCUGCAUGGAGGGGAAUGAUUACGACCAAGAAGAAGAUCUCUUUGCGCUUCCUAUGAGCCCCCGCAGCCCCGACAUGGGACGAAGUCCAUUCAGCCUUGAGUAG